UACAGUUCAAGCGCUUGCCUAGAUCAGUCCUGACGAAUUUCUCCCGCAGAAGAAAACAAAAAUAGUCCCAAUUCGCAUGCCCUCUGCCCGUUUAAAGUGCGCCCAAAGUGUAAUUUCGUGCAUUACGAGUGCUUUGACGAACUGACCGCGUGCGUGAGCCGUGAUUUCGUGCGUGAAUUUGAGCCAAAAAAAGGCAGCGAAAAUGAUGGAAAAAUAUAAGUCCUCUUUGUACGAGUACAUGUAGCUGUGCGUGUGCUACCCACUGAGAGUGAGUUGGUGUUCGUGUGAGACCUGAGACAGAUUGCGUGUGUUGACAAAUAUUCCACACUGGGAAAAAUAAGUAUGCAGAUGUUUAUUAUUAUGACUCAACUUGGCUAGCCAAAAUCGAAGAAGAAGCAGAAGUUUCUGUGAAUGUGAACAGGGAAUCAGGAAAACCUGAACCACAGUGCGUGUUUGUGAAUAAAGCCCUCUUCCGAUUGAGGAAGUGUGAAGGACUUGACUUGCUGUGUUGUGACUACUUUUGGAAGUGGUGCCCUUAGUUGUCGCCCUCAAGGCUUAGAACAGUGACUUAAAGCGAAACAUUGGACAAACUCUUCAAUCGCGCAGUGAAUUUACUUGCUAGCGGUACUUCUAGUUACCGCCCGUUCCGGAGAUCGACCCUGAUUAAAUGUGCCCCCAGCGAACGCAGAAUUGCAGCAGCCGCCGAAUCGCCAGCACCAAGAUAUUAAAAAAGAGACUCUGUGUUCACCCCGCCACCAUGUUCAGGAUCGCGCGCGUCAACAACAGUCUCAUAAGUCAGCGGUCCCCCAAGAUGGUCAAGUACUCAGCAGUUCCGCAGGUCUUCCCGGCUUUGCCCCAUCACUGUUAAGUCCUCAGAUCUCCGCUGUGUGGAGGGUCGUUCGUGUGCAUCAACCAUCAUCAGAGCACACCAACUAGCUUAGUUUUGUAAGCCAAAACGGCAUCGUUCGAGGGUGUAGAAAAUUGUUCAAAAUAACAUAACAAAACGUAUAUUAGAAGCUAACUUAACCGUUACAUAAGCGCGCAAAGCAAACCAAACAUCUCUUCGAAGCUCACCACACUCAUCGCCCCAAAACAACACACUUAAUCGCCCAACGCCCCAAGAUGAAGCUGCUCGAGAGCACCAGCUUCGAGGCGAUCAACAACGCGCUGCACAUCCAAACCAGCGGCGACAGCGCCGUCAUCCACGGCAGAAUCGAGUCGUACUCGUGCAAGAUGGCCGGCAACGACAAGGCGCUGUACAAGCGCUUCACGUCCGAGCAGGCCCCGACCGACCUGCAGGCCCUGUCGCCGCCCCAAACGCUGCAGGAUCUGUCGCCGCAGAUCAUGCGCAGCUCGCUGUCCGGGGACGAGAGCGGCGCGACUCUGUGCGAUACCAUUUCGCGCAAGACGCUGUUCUAUUUGAUCGCGACGCUCAAUUCGGCGUUCGAGCCGGACUACGACUUUAGCGAUGCGAAGAGUCACGAGUUUAGCAAGGAACCGUCCCUGCAGUGGGUUCUCAACUCGAUCGAGAGCAACCUGUCGGCCGUGGCCGGAGAUCAGUACCACAAGAUUCGUACCGCGCUGUGGUCCACCAUCGAGGACGAGAUCUCGCUGAACGAUUGCGACAUCUACAGCUACAAUCCGGACCUCAACUCGGACCCGUUCGGCGAGCCGGGCUGUCUGUGGUCGUUCAACUACUUUUUCUACAACAAAAAGUUGAAGCGCAUCGUCUUUUUCACCUGCCGGGCCAUCAACUCGGUUUACGCCGACUCCGGCUUUAGCAGCGAUUUCGCGAUGGAAGAUGACGAGUGUUACUAAAAUGCGAUGAUAGCGGGAGCAGCUACAACUUUACUUUUUUUUUGAUGAAAACGCAUGAUUUAAUUUUUUUCCAACCACAAUUUUAAGAAAGACGGAGCAAUUAAGGCGAAGGGAUUCUAACACAAACCUGCAAAGUUUUUCCAAGUGAAGGAUUUUUUUUCUCUAUAUUUUUUUUCUUCGUUUAGAGUUAGAGAGUUGUUUGUUUUCUUUGCGAGGGCGAAAAGCCAGACUUUUUUUUGUGCUAAAAAUGACACCGAAAAGAAAGGAAAAAGGAAAUACUUAACCACCAUAGGCUAUCAAUGUUUGCUAAAGAAAGCACGAUUAUAAUUAUUACAGAUAUAUACAUAAAGAGUAACAAGUAACAAUGGAACAAUUUUGAACAAUUUUUGUAACACACCACACAGCACAGCACCGUUACGUGAAGGCAGGUGAGAGCUGCGGCGUGAGAAUUUACGUAACCGGUGAGUGCGCGAUGCUGGCAAUGUGUAGCCAACUGGAACAGCAAACGGCGCGGGGGGUGAGGAGCAAACAGUUUUUAGAUGUUUAAGGCAAAUAUAAUUAGCGAAAAAAAAAGCAAGGCAUGAUGCAUUGAUGACGGCCAGGAUAUGCACCUCCGGCAAUGCAACGUGUGUGCGGGGUGGUGGGCAAUGACCCUCUCGAUGAAGAAUUAAACGUUGAAAUUGUAUAGAAAUCGAAGGCUGCAACACACAUCAUGCACAUGCAAUUUACACAAACAUAUAUAUAUUACAAGGUACAUUACAGAAACGCGCGCGCCCGUUUGCGACUGCGAUGGAGCGAAAUUUGGGGCUUAUUCCGGUGUUGUUUUCCACCAAAAAAAAAAAAAAAAAAAACAAUAAUUGCAAAAAAACGAUCCUCGGAAGCGGUUCCAGAUUUCGUUCCAGCUCGCGGUCACCAGUUGGUGAGAUUGCCCCUGUUUUUGUCUGGCAGAGAGUUGCUUUUCCGAACGCGAAAAGCUUCCCCCCAGUUGGACUCUUCUGGGCGGAACAUUCACUGGCAAACAUUAACAGUUUAAAAGUACACUCAGUGAGAUAGGGCGGUAAAGAACUUCUUGAUCCCUUCGAAGCGGGGGGAGCCGCACGUGAGAACUAUCUGAUUGACUGUACUCUGUGAUAUUAGCUCGUAGGAAGAAGAGAGAAAACUCGUAGUUUUUAAUCGCAAAGUUUUUAUGCUUCAAAUGGAUGUGAAAUUUUUCUCUAUACUUAUACAAAUUACAACACAGAUUGCUGUUUUCCCCCCACUGAUCAAAAUUAUUAACAAAACUUUUCAAUUGCUUUGAAGGAAAACAAAAAUCAAAAAACUGCUCAGUUGAUCUUGGGUGAACCGGAAAACUCGAAAGAUGGCGAUGGCACCGCUCAACUCAUUUUAAACAUCAUCAUUAGCGAUUUCUGAAGUACAAAUUACAUAUUGUGAUAGGUAGCUUUAGGAGUAACAUUUGCGGGUGUCAUUCGCGAAAAGGAUUAAGGUUUGGCUCAGCUGAAAAGAUUGCUAGAAACGUCCGGUUCACCGUUUAGUAAAAGUUUGAAAUUUAAAGCUUAACUUUAUUUAAUUUUUUACCAGCUAAAACCAUUAAGAAUCACGAACGAAAAAUAAACUAUCAAUCGAGUAAACUUCAACUUAACCCUAACUCUUACAAUAAACUAACAGCUACAGUAAAAGCAAUAGAAAUCCCGAAAAAGCGAACAGAAAUCCCUUAAGAAAAACAAAAAAAAAACAUGCAAAAGGCACAUCAUUUGACAGACCGAAAGCGUUGCCCAAAUCGAUCCCAACCAACGUGCGUCACGUGCCGAAAAACAAAAACCCCGCGGUUGCGAGAUAGUGUUAGUUUGGCGUCGCCGGUAAAUAGGGCAACAAGCGGUUAUUUCGACACUAGAGGCAUCUCCACUUGAAGCAGUAAUUUUUUUCUUCAAUUUUGUUGAAAUGGAUGCAAAUUUGAUGAUGUCACAUGGAAAAAAUGUGUCGCAAAAUAAAGGUGCAUACGAGCGAAUUUUAAUUAAAUCGCGAUUAACUACCCUCGGCGGAGAUACCCUAAAUUUCGAUGAAUCGAGUACUGAAUAGGUCCAAAUCAGGUGUCCUGCUUAGAUAGUACCGCUCUUACGGUUAGUUCUGUUGUGCUUUUCGUUGCCACAAAUAGGACAUCGAGUUGUUAUUUCUACUCUAUUGGCAUCUCCAUCUCGAGUAGUUAUUUAUGUUUCAAACUGAAGAAAUCAGUGGCAAAUUUGGCUACUAACGUGAAAAAAAUUGUAUUUUUACGCGUAGCAAAAUAAAAUCCUAAAAGCAUCAAACUUUAAUCGUGUCACGAUUAACUACCCUCGGUGGAGAUGCCCUCAAAGUCGAUAAAUUUCCCAACCGAACUCAAAAUAGGCCCAAAUUAGGGUGCCCCGCAUAGAUAGCAGCGCUCUAACCCCUUAAGCCGCGGCGGCGAACAGAAAGUGAGAAACGAUUCAGAUAAAACGCAACAAAAAAUGAAUAAAACUGAAUGUCGACAACCUUCCGUGCAGUGCAACACGCCCCGAUUGCUUUAUCGAUAUCUCGUGCACCGCGGCCGGCACACGCCGACCGGCGUCCAAUUUCACUUUCCGUUUCUCUUUCUCUGUGUGUGUGUUUUCGGUCCAGGCACCUAUUCAGUUCGGCUUGAUUGACGUGAAAGGAAGGUAAAAGGCAUAAUGAAUAUUUGAUAUAAAAAUGCGAAAAAAAAAAUGUUUUCUUUAAAUUACUUUUGUUUGUUUCAAAUUUUGAUUUGAUACACAUUUUAAAAAUUUCUAAACAAACAGCUAUUUUGUCAAAUAUUCAUCAUGCCAAAUAAAAAAAAAAAGAUGAAAAAUUGUAACAGCAAAAAACCUGAUCUCAUUCAACAAGUUGCAAGUUAUUUCCAAGCGUGAAUCUUUAGUUUCUCGAAAUAACCCAACUUAUUGACAAACCAGCAGAAGGUUCCAGUUGCAUUCGUCACGUUCAAUUUGACCAGCGAUUAAGGUGAUGCUGACAGCACCGUUGUGGAUGUUUAGUACGGCUGAGAAUGCCCGUGUGGACGCCGGAGAGAUAAGCAAAAUGUCCAACUGAUAAGCGCCAGUUGUGCGGUGGUUUCGAAAAAGGCGCGAAAGACGCAAGUGACCGGUAGCUCGGGCUGCAACUCAUUCGAAUUUAUCUUUGCCUGUCGAUUUUAGGGACUUCCGGUGCAGUUGCGAGGGUGGCGUUUUCGGCAAGCGAUUGGUCUGUCUUUGAUGUGUCUGGGGCUGUUUAGUUUAGAUUUUUUUUUUUAAUUUUCGUAUUUUUUACUUUUAAGCAAGUUAGUAGUCACUCUUUCUUGAAAUAUAAUUCUCUGUUUAAACUUACGAUGAUUAUCAUGACCUAUGAAUUACAGAAAACAGUGAGUUAUACUUCAAGGAAGCGUAACUACACCCACUAACAUUGAAGUUGUUCUGAACUGACUGUGCUCAACUCAUUUGUGGAGUGGGCAUGAACUUAUUUCUUUUUUUUUCAUGAAUUUGAUUGCAAACAGUGUAAUAAGCAAAUAAAAAUAACAUUAUUCAACUUAAACAAGAGUAUGUUAAAUGCAAGAAAAAAUAUUACAUAUGAUGUUGUUUCAAUGAAUAUCAAAUUCUCUGUAGUAGAAAUAAUAUCUUGUAGAAACGUAAGAAAUUACAUACAUUACAUUAUCAAAUACCUUAAAACCAAUAAAAAUGCUAAAAAAGCA